GAGGAGGAGGAGGAGGAGGAGGAGGAGGAGGAGGAGGAGGACGAGGGGGAGGAGCAACCGUACUCUAUUAUUUAUGCUGGGGAAGCAGCCGAGCACAGCGUAGUGAUACAAGGCGCCGCGGAGCCCUUUAGGUUUCGCAGUCUGCGCGAACGGUGCACACAGCGCUGGAGACGGGCACAACUGCUACAACACAUGUACGCGUGCGCGACAGAAACACCGCAGAAGUGCCAAAGAGCUCGCUGGGCGGGCGUCAUAGCGGCCGCGCAGGCGCGCGAUUGUGCAGGGUGCCGGCAAACUGGCGCUCUUCCUGCGCCGCUGGAGCCGAUGCACUGGUCGAGCGUGCGACGGCUCGGGAAAGCCCGUGAGCCGAUACGCCGAGCCAUCGGCUAGAGGUCACCAAGCCGAUACGGCGUAUUGGUGAGGGGGCGAACGAAGGAGCGGAGACGAGUGGAGAGGGGGCCACCGGCAGAGCGGAGAUCGUUCAACACUGACCUGGUCCAGGCCGCCGGUGACCUUCAGCCUAGAAUCUAGAACGCCCACGCCGGCGUCGCCGCUAAGUACAAGCGGCGCGAACCUGCCGAAGGCAAUGUUGAGACUAGAACCGAUCCUCUGGCUCGUCCUGGACCGCCCGCUGGCCAGUUUCUCACGCUGCGUCCAGCCGUUGCCACGAGGGGGCGCCCCGAAAGCCCCGAACACGCGAGAAACCUCAACCUCGAGACUCGCCGCCGCGUCGACUCGGCGCGAACUUGCCGUGCAGCGGACGAUGGACACUGCGCCCGUUCGUCACACGGGACAUCCCUACGAGAGGUUCGGCGGUGGCGCCACGGCGCCUGCAGGGCGGCGACCCCUUGGAAAGAGGCAUGCUGCCUGCCACUCCUCCCCC